CCGCGGAGAUGGCGUGGCACGUGCGGUGACGGCGCCCGAGCCCCGAGGGUCCCAGCGCUGCGCCUCGCGUCCCGGAGAAAGCAUGGAGCGCCCAGAGCCCGAGCUGAUCCGGCAAAGCUGGAGGGCGGUGAGCCGCAGCCCGCUGGAGCAUGGCACGGUCCUGUUCGCCAGGCUGUUUGCCCUGGAGCCGGAGCUGCUGCCCCUCUUCCAGUACAACGGCCGCCAGUUCUCCAGCCCGGAGGACUGCCUGUCCUCCCCGGAGUUCCUGGACCACAUCAGGAAGGUGAUGCUCGUGAUUGACACUGCAGUGACCAAUGUGGAGGACCUGUCGUCCCUGGAGGAGUACCUUGCCGGCCUGGGCAGGAAGCACCGGGCAGUGGGCGUGAAGCUCAGCUCCUUCUCGACGGUGGGUGAGUCCCUGCUCUACAUGCUGGAGAAGUGCCUGGGCCCGGCCUUCACACCGGCCAUGCGGGCCGCCUGGAGCCAGCUCUACGGGCUUGUGGUGGCGGCCAUGAGCCGGGGCUGGGACGGCGAGUAAAAGGAGCCCCCCUGCCCAGAGGCAGCCCCAGUUCUCUGCCUGWUGGUCUGUGUCCACUGUAGCCUUGGCUCCUCCAGGCCUCCCUGCAUCUCCGUCCUUGUCCCCUUGGCCAGACUGGAGAGGUGAUGGGGCAGG